UGUUCACCGGGACGCCUGCCCUCCAGACAUGAUCCUGGGCGCCCUCGGCCCCUGGCCCUGCGGCCCUACGCGGGCACAAACCGCCUAAGCGCCACCACCUCCAGCCGAGACCUUAUGCCCCUGAGCCCGGCACAGCCGGCCCCUCGCCCGGAAGCCAUGGAGCCGGUGUCCCCGGCUGUGGACCUGGUGCUGGGCGCCUCGGCCUGCUGCCUGGCCUGUGUCUUCACCAACCCCCUGGAGGUGGUGAAGACGCGCUUACAGCUGCAGGGGGAGCUGCGGGCCCGGGGCACCUACCCAAGGCCCUACCGCGGCAUUGUGGCGGCGGCCGCCGCAGUGGCCCGCACCGACGGUCUGCGGGGUCUGCAGAAGGGACUGGCUGCUGGUCUCCUCUACCAGGCCCUCAUGAACGGUGUCCGCUUCUACUGCUACAGCCUGGCGUGUCAGGCCGGCCUUGCCCAGCAGCCCGGCGGCACCCUGGUGGCGGGCGCCCUAGCAGGGGCGCUGGGAGCCUUCGUGGGGAGCCCUGCUUACCUGGUCAAGACGCAGCUGCAGGCCCAGUCGGUGGCCGCCAUGGCUGUGGGCCACCAACACCAUCACCAGGGGGUCCUUGGAGCCCUGGAGACCAUCUGGCGACAGCAGGGCGUGACGGGACUAUGGCGAGGAGUGGGUGGAGCUGUGCCUCGAGUCAUGGUGGGCUCUGCUGCCCAGCUGGCCACCUUCGCCUCCUCCAAGGCCUGGGUGCAGGAGCGGCAGUGGCUCCCGGAAGAAAGCUGGCUGGUGGCCCUGGCUGGGGGCAUGAUCAGCAGUGUCGCUGUGGCUGCGGUCAUGACACCAUUCGAUGUGGUCAGCACGAGGCUGUACAAUCAGCCCGUGGAUGAAGCUGGCAGGGGCCAGCUGUACAGGGGCCUUGUGGACUGCCUGGUGAAGAUCUGGAGACAGGAGGGCCCCCUGGCCCUGUACAAGGGCCUGGGUCCUGCCUACGUGCGGCUGGGCCCCCACACCAUCCUCAGCAUGCUAUUCUGGGACGAGCUUCGGAAACUGGCCAGGCGGGACCAGCAACAGGGCACCUAGGCACCUGCCCCCACCCCAUCCACUGGUACUGACUCAGCUAGGGACUCACCCACACCUCAGGGGCUGGGCCUCCCGGAGCAGGCCACAGGCUGUGGGCCACCCACCUCCCAGCCCCACCAGGCCCAGAGCGUUUCCCUACUCUGUUUUCUGAAAGUUCUCUCCUCUCUGCGUCUAAGGCUAACUCUGCCCACCCAGAGCCUUACUCACUGUUAGGACAACUGCUCGCUGGGAGCCACUCCCUUAAGUAGGGUGAUGACAUAUGCAUCAACUCGCUGAUUAGCAGGAAGAAGAACCCAGCCAAACGGCGCAAUCGAGUCAGCUCCGACUCCUGGUAUGUCAGCGUAGCCCUGUGCUCCACAGGGUCUUCAAUGGCUGGCUUUGGGGGGAGUAGAUAACCAGGCCUUUCUUCUGAGGCACCCGGGUGGAGGGGUGUGUGGCGACUUGAACCUCCAACCUUUCAGUCAGUGGCAGAGCACAUUCACUGUUUUAAACUGCCCAGAGACUUCCAAGCAAUAUGAAAGUCUGUUGCUGUCGAGUUAAUUCCAAUUGCCAGCAGCCCUAUAGGGCCGAGUAGAACUGCCCCUGUGGGUUUCCAAGGUUGUCAUCUUUAUCGGAGUCGACUGCCACCUCUUUCUCUUUCUGUGGAGCAGCUGGUGGGUUUGAACCUCUGUCAACCUGCUGAUGAGCAGCUGCCGAGCACUUAGCCACUUAGAUAAGGAGCCAGCCGGGCUCGAUAACACGAGAUCCUCUGUUGACAAUGAAGCUGAGGCUCAGAGAGGUUAAGUAGCUUUGACAUGGCAGCACUGGAACUCAGUCCCAACCUCAGAUCUGUGUCCUUGAGAUGGGGUUCACUGUACCCCUGGGUAGGCCUGAGGUGCUUAGUGAGGCCGAGGCACCUCCCUGGGGCUCAGGGACCCUGGUGACCUUGGUUACAAGUUGAGCUGCUAACCUCAAGGCCAACAGUUCAAAGCCACCUGUCACUCGUCAAGAGAUAAAUGAGGCUUUCGACUCCUAUGCAGAGUUACAGCCUCAGAAAUUCACAGGGCAGCUCUGCCCUGGCCUGUGGGGCCUGCUACAAGUCUGGCUGGCUGUGAGUUUGGAGUGACAGCCAGGUGUCCAGCCCAUGUGGGCAUUUGCACCUGGCCUCUCCACAUUUCAGAAAGGGGCCUGGGGGAUGCCCAUUAUUCACAGAAGACGAGGGUCGAAGAAGGGAAGGGAUUUGCAUGAAGUGAGAGAUGAGCUAGGGCUCGCCCCUCCCUGUGGGCCCCUUCCCCAGGCCCUGCGCUGCCCUUUGUGCUACAGAGAUGAACACAGAGGCCCUGGAAGGGGCAGAUGCCAGGACCCCCUUCCCUGCCAGGCCCUCCUGUGUCUGCCACCAGCAGCACCCCAGGAGCUUACACUCCGCUACCACACACUCCAAACCAAUAAAGUUUUCUAUUUUGUUUA